GGUGCUGUCAGGUGAGUGCGCUGCUGGAGGUUAGUGAGUCAGUGGAGCUUCAGUAACAGGACUUUUAUUUCGCAAAGAAUUCACAUUUUGAGGCUGUUUGGCAAAAAAAAAGAAAAGAAAAAAGAGAGGCAUUCCGCCAAUUUCAAAGCGAGAGCUCCUGCUGCUUCUCCAGAAUGUUCUCUUUGAGGAAAGUAUCUUAUAGGUAGCACUGAAUCACGGUGGACUGUGGCGUGGAGAUGGUCACUUGGGCCGCCUUUCUAACAGUAUGCUUAUGGAUACAAACAAAAACAGCCUCAGGGCAGCACACAUGCGCUUCUACUCCACGCAGGCUGGUGGAUUUUACUGUAAAUUACUCCCUCCCCCACUUCAAGACAGACAAACCUAUACAGAACAUAGCAGUGAUCAGGGACGACUAUUCCAAAGAGGUGUAUAUUGCAUGCCAGAAUGUAUUAGUGGCCAUCAACGAUACGAUGGAAAAAAUAUGGGAGGUGAAAACUGGACCUGUUGGCAGUCCUGACUGUGAAACAUGUCGGGUGUGUGAUAUAGAAAUAGAUCCUGGGGACCCGGUGGACACAGACAAUGAGGUUCUGCUUUUGGAUCUUUCUGCAUUUCCCAAUCCCUACGUGUACAUAUGUGGGAGUACUCUGUAUGGGAUCUGUCACUUCAUUGAAAUUGGCGCUCCACAGCCUGAGCCAAAGUGUUUAUACAAUAAAGGCCGAAACUCUCCAACCGACUGUCCGGACUGUCUGGCCAGCCCCCUUGGUACCAAAAUCACCACGGUUGAAGACGGAGCCACAACUUUCUUCUUUGUAGCAGCCUCCGUCAAUGCCGACGUGGCACAGAGGUACCCGAGGAGGUCGAUAUCACUGAGGAGGCCACUUUCAACUGAAGAUGGCUUUGACAUGACCAUGCCUGGCCUGACGGUGCUCCCCGGCCUCCAGGACUCUUACAAGAUUGAUUACAUCUACAGCUUCUCCACCAAGGAGUAUCUCUAUGUCCUGUCCCUGCAGAGAGAAAACCCAUCCCAAAAGAAUUCAGCUUUCCAGACUCGUCUGGGACGACUGCCGAUAAAAAUUCCCGAGGUGUGGAUGUAUAGAGAGGUGGUCCUGGAGUGCCGGUACGAUCCAAAGCGCAGGAGGAGACGCAGCGAGAGUUUCAGGGACACUGUGUAUAACGGGCUACAGGCGGCACACUUUGGGCGAGCUGGUAAAGACUUGGCAGACGACCUGAGGGUGAAAGAGGAAGAUGACAUUCUGUAUGGGGUGUUUGCAGAGGUGAAUGAGCACGGUGAACCUAAAAAAAACUCUGCCCUGUGUGCCUUCCCUUUGACUAAAGUGAACAAAGCCAUUGAUAAAGGAGUGGAGGCCUGCUGCAAGAAAAGUACUGAGCAACUGUCCAGAGGUCUCUGUCACUUCCAGCCCUGCGAGAGCUGCCCACAUGAAAACUCCGGAGGUAAUGCCACAUGCAGUGACAAACCCACUCUGGUGUCAAAGCCGUACUACAGACUGGACCUCUUCAACAGGCAGAUGAGAGACGUCCUUUUCACCUCGGUUCUGGUCACGACUAUCGGGAACCAUACUCUGGGACACUUUGGUACCUCAGAUGGCCGUAUACUGCAGGUGAUUCUGACUCUGUACAGGCCUAUUGUGUUUGCCAACUUUUCUCUUGGAGAAACCCAAGUGUCCAGGAACGCACAUGUGUACUCACCUGACUUCCUUCUCUUCACAGUGGGAAAUAAGUUGUUCAGGGUGCCCUCUGCAGGUCCAGGGUGUGCACAUUUUCUGACAUGCUCCAUGUGUUUGACGGCUCCACGCUUCAUGAACUGUGGCUGGUGUUCGGGAAAGUGCUUGAGGCAGGCUGAAUGUGACUCCCAGUGGAACAAAGACUCAUGCGCACCUGUCAUAACUGAGCUUUUCCCUAAAACGGCUCCUGCUGGUGCUGAGACAGAAGUGACGCUGUGUGGCUGGGAGUUCCAGUCUCCUCUGCGACCCGCCAUCAUCAGCGGCCAAACACACAUCAUCACAGUGGGCUCUGGGACCUUGUGUACUGUCCUGCCUAAAAAGAGCAGUAGUGAACUGCUAGUAUGCAAGAUUCAGGAAAACACACCAAACCAGAACCUUACCGUGACUCUGGAAGUGCACGAGGGGGAAGUGGAGGGCCGCUACUCAAUUGAAGGCACAGCUCAGAAGACUGGCUUCUCUUUUGUGGAGCCUAGCAUAACAGAAAUCAGGCCUGACUAUGGACCCAUGUUUGGAGGAACAACGGUUACGCUGACAGGAAGAUUUCUUAAUUCUGGGACACAGAGACAUGUCUUCUUUGCUGACAAACAGUGCAGCAUUCAAAGUGCUCUUGAAGGAAGUGGGACUUCUUCAAUUGUCUGCACCACAGCAGCUGCAGCAGGUGUUGGGAAGGUUCCUGUGAAAAUCUUGAUUGACAACUACCAAGUGACAACCCCUAAGAUGUUUUUCUACAAGGAAAACCCAGUUAUAACCUCUAUGUAUCCUGGCUGCAGUUUUCAAAGUGGCUCCAAGCUGAUGAUAGAAGGUCAGAAUCUUGACUCUGCACACAAAACUGUGAUUCAGUACACUUCCAACAAUCAAUCUCUGGAACGAGUCUGCAGCAGCACAAGAAAUGCCACAUAUAUGGAGUGCUCUGCCCCUGCUUUCCCAGAGGAACUACCAGUAGAUAGGCGCGUGGGAAAAAUGUUUAUUCACAUGGAUGGAAAGCGUUUCUCGAAUGGAACUUUUAUCUACCACCCUGAUGCCAAAAUCUUUCCAUUUGAAAGUGAAAACCAAGAAUUACUUCUAAAACCAGGAGAGACGGAAGUUUCACUGCAUCACAAAAAUCUGAAUACAGUGACCAAAUGUAUGAAGAUCGUAAUGACCAUUGGAGGCGUGAACUGCAACGCCGAGGUUCUGUUAAAUGAGCUGACCUGCAGGAUUCCUAAAGGCCUGGUUAUUCCCAGUGAGGGACUGCCUGUCCAGGUGGUUGUGAAUGGGAAAGUUCAUAAAGUUGGUACAGUAGUCAACUACGACAGCAACAACAACACUGUGAUUGCUGGCAUCGUGCUGGGCAUCAUUGCUGCAUUGGUAGUAGGUGCUGGCCUCGCAUUGAUUGUGAUGAUCCAUUUGAGGAAGAAAAAGAGAGCCAACAUUGAGAAUCGUUUAUCAACGAUGCUUUCACGGAACCGAUUUGGCAGCGGCGGUGAUUUCUCCCCGACAGGUGACUACAGGCGUGUAGAUCUGGCCAGUCAAACAUCAGGCUCAGGAGCAAUGGCCUUCCAAGGUUUAUUGUAUGCUGCCAGCUAUGAUCAUUUGGCCAUUCCUUUAAUGCCGCGGGACAACAUCUCCAUGGUCAGUCUGAGCUCUGAGCUUCUGGAGGUGGUCAAAGACGUCCUGAUCCCUGCCGAGAUGCUUCGAAUUGAAGAUAGCCAGAUUAUCGGCAAAGGCCACUUUGGUACAGUUUAUCAUGGAUUCCUGAUAGACAGCAACAAGCAAGAGACCCACUGUGCUGUCAAAUCACUGAACAGGAUCACAGAUGUGGGGGAGGUGGACCAGUUCCUGAGAGAGGGCAUCAUUAUGAAAGGUUUCCACCACCCCAACAUCCUGUCUCUGCUGGGCAUCAUGCUGCCUAAGGAAGGGCUCCCUCUGGUGGUUCUACCGUAUAUGAAGCAUGGGGAUGUGCGUCACUUUAUCCGCUCGGAGAAAAGGAAUCCAACAGUGAAAGACCUCAUAGGUUUUGGGCUCCAGGUUGCCAGGGGGAUGGAGUAUUUAGCCCAGAAAAAAUUUGUCCACAGAGACCUGGCUGCACGUAACUGCAUGCUGGAUGAAACUUUUACAGUGAAGGUUGCUGACUUCGGCAUGGCGAGGGACAUCUAUGACAAGGAAUACUACAGUAUUCAAGAUCACAAACGGGUAAAGCUGCCAGUGAAGUGGAUGGCCAUCGAAAGUCUGCAAACACAAAAGUUCACUAUCAAGUCUGAUGUGUGGUCAUAUGGCGUUUUAAUGUGGGAGCUGUUGACCAGAGGUGCUAGCCCAUAUCCAAAUGUGGACCCCUAUGACAUCACACACUACUUGUUGAAGGGACGCCGGCUUCCCCAGCCACAGUUCUGCCCUGACACUCUCUAUUCUAUCAUGCUGACAUGUUGGAACCCGGAGCCGGAGCACAGACCUAGCUUCCAUAGCCUGGUAACAGACAUACAACAGAUCCUGUCGUGCCUGGAGGGAGAGCACUACAUCAAUCUGAACAUUACCUAUGUCAACUUAGACCAGCCACCGCACUACGCGCCCUUAAAUGGAUCUGCACAUGACGACGAGGACUCAGACUUGGACACGGACAGUAACGCUGCCAGCUGAGGGUGCAAAGUCCUAAAACUCAUAGGAAUUCAGAAACCAGACUAAAGUUGGACAGCAUACAAGAAAAGGGAAAAGUUCUUCUGGAUCUAUUUAUGCAUCAUGUCUACAAAUGAUGACAUGGAAGGCUUGGCUACUGAUUUAAAAGACACUGCAGGUACUAUAAACUCAUUGGAGCUGAGACAAAAUCAAGCUGGCAGUUUCUCAUCUUUUUAUUUGUAGCAAAACAAAGACAGCAUGUAGAUGGAAGUAAAUGUAUUUUUUUUUAAACAUCUGAAACACAAAAAAGUAUUAAUACUGUGAUACUUUUUCAAUACCACGUGUUUAAAAUGAUACAACAUCUGUAUUUUAUAGUACUGAAAGUAUAUGGGAGAAACUAUAAAAAAAAAGUCUACAAUCAGAUUUUACAGUAAAACAACAAGGAAGAAAACCAACCGGUCGUCAACCUGUGGCUGUUACAGCAUUUCCUCCAGCAACGAGCCCACCAGAGGCAGCGACACAAGCAGGCAGCCAAAGAUGAUCUUAUUUUUGUGUCUAGAACAUUUCUUUUUCUUUUUUGCCGUGUUAUGGCAGAUAUAGAGUAGUGUUUUUAUGCUACUAUUGUAUCGAAGUUUAAAAUUCUCGUCUUGUGACAACCUUGAGCACAAGUGUGACAUAAUGAAUGUAAAAUGUACUUUUGUUCUCAGACCUGUCUAAUAGGACAUGGGCCGACGUGUUGAUAUAGAAAUAUCAACAUGGUCUCACAGGAAUCCGUGAAAUAGCCACGGAUUUCGCUUAACUCAAAAUCCGUGGAAUAGCCACGGAAUCACUCAAAUUUCUGUGAAACUGACACGGAUUUCACUACAAUGCAAAUUAAUGACAGUCAUAUCCCGUGGCUAUUCCAACAUACAAAGUGAUUAUGUACAUUCACUGAGUGAAUAUUUAGAAAAUAAAACAUAUAUUUCUCGCUAGAAAUGUGAUCAAAAUCCAUUUUUAUGAAGAAACUAAGUCAAAAUAUAGAUUUUUUUCACUAAAAAUGAGAGAACUGUCCGCCAUGUUUUUUGUUCUUACCGCCGGGACCUUGAAAGUCACGUGACUUGGAACAAACCAAUAGGAAAAAAUACUAACUUGCAUUGUAGUGAAAUCCGUGUCAGUUUCACGGAAAUUUCAGUUAUUCCGUGGCUAUUCCACGGAUUUUGAGUUAAGCGAAUCCGUGGCUAUUUCACGGAUUCCUGUGAGACCAGGUUCAGAAAUAUACGUCUCUGCUUGAGCAUUUUCAACACAGGAUCUAUAAAUGCUGACAUCAUGUGCUAUAUGGGGAUAUAAUAUGUAUUAUAUUCCUUCAUCUAGACUGUAGAAUGGAGACGCAAUACAAACUGAAGUGUACGCAGGAAAUCAUCAAACUGGAUGCAGAAUAACUCAAUCUUCUCAGAUUUAGAGCUGUUGAUACUGUGCCUAAAGCUCUGCACCUACUGAAUUAUACAGUGAGCUGUCCGUGCUGAGGCUCAGAAACACAUUGAGUACCUGUCAUCAUCACUAGAGGGCAAUGCCUCCUUCUUCAAUCGCUGCUGCAGUGAUGUCUGCUGCACUACAGCAGACAGCUCAACACCAAGCUGUUACACAAACAGUACAACUAUAUUCAUCUGAACAAUCAAUCAGUCUUUCCACUUCAAUCAACAUUGCAUAACAUUCUGUCCGUACCGCACAUUUCUCUGCAUGCAAUUAAAAAUGAUCUUCAUAGAAAAUUACACGACCCGUGGGAUUUUAAAAUGUAUGCACCGAUUAUUCAACUUUCAGAAUGACAAUGCAUAUAUUGUUUAACAAAGAAAUGACUAUUUAUGGUGAUCAACUGGCUUUCUACCAGGGCUAAUAGAUUUGGUUCUGGUAUACUUGAUUUUUUUUUUCAUUGCUGCAUUUUGUCUGCUUCCUGCCCAUAUUGAACUGUAAAGAGUGUUUUUGUACAGACAAAUGGUCUAUUGUGCAUACUUGUCUGUAAACCGUGUCAACAGAAUAAAUGUCUCCCUAGA